AAAGACUUCCGCACCCCAUCAUCAGGGCGCUCUAGUGGGAGAAAGGAGGCCCGCAGCUCAGUGCACGCAGCGGCCACGCACAGGGACCGUCCCCGGCUGGGAGCACGGACCGGCCGGCAGAAUGUCUGCGGACGUGGCGGUGUCUUUGGCGGUGCUCGCGGGGAUCGUCGUGCUGAGCGACGUGACCCGCAGGUUGCUGGCUCGGGCCCUAGCAGACACCGGGCUCUCCGAGUACGUGGUGGAGCUCGUGUCCACCUUCCAGCUGUGCUGCUGCACCCACGAGCUCAAGCUGCUGUCCGAGGUGGGCGGCAUCGAGCCUGGUCUCGCGCUCACCUUCACGUAUUUGGCGUCGGUGGUCCACGGGCUCACCUUCAGCGGGGCGAUCGGGAACCCCUCCGGUGCGCUCGAGCGCGCUUACCACGCCAAGUUGUCGGGCUCCCGCGCCCUGCGGAGGAUCGCGUGCCAGUUCGCGGCGGCCGCCGCUGCACGCGCCGCGGUGCCGAGGCUGUGGGGGGUCGGGCUGUCGAGACUGCACGCGCGACACAAGCUGUUCGGGUUCCGAUGCACCAGCCCCAUCCACGCGCCCCUGCACGAGGCCGCUGCGGUUGAGCUCGCGUGCGCCUUUGCGGUUCAGACUGUUAUCACGCACACGCAAUCGGUGCAGGAGAAAUACCGCGUGCACGCCGUGGCUGCGGUCAUCACCACAGCGGUUUAUGCAGGUGGCAGCGUGACCGGAGCUGUCUUUAACCCAGCGCUGGCCUUCUCCACACAGUUCCCCUGCAGUGGACACUCCUUCCUCGAGUACUGCGUGGUCUACUGGCUGGGCCCGCUGCUCGGGAUGAUGAGCUCGGUGCUGCUGUUCGACAAACUCGUCCCUGCGCUCUCAACAAAACCGUCACCUCGCCAUCUUCCCACGGAGAGCAAGAAGAAGGCGUGAGCGUUGCAGGACGGCGAUUUUCAGGUGAAGCUGUUUGUGACGGACUGUCAACCUGCUGCUGAGAAAGAAGGAAGAGGAAGAACGGCACGAAUGCACUUCUUUUUAAGGGAUACCAGAAGCACAUCUGAGAAGUUCAACACAAAAUUAGCUUUUAAAUUUGUGAACAGGGCAACGCCAACAUUUUACUUUCAAUCAAACCUGUAGAACUUUUUGUAUUUUUAAUCCUGAGUCAACACACUGACCUUUUUUAGGGUUACUAAAAUAAUGUUUGCAUGAGUUUUUUUUUUUUUUUUAAAAAAAGACUGGAACCACAGAGCUGAUAUAAAGGACACAGAUGUGUUGUAACCCUGCAAACAAAUGUUAUACAGUAACAUACACUUAGCCCCUAUUUUAUGUUUAAAUCACUUUUUAAGCUACUAAACUAAUCUGACAACUGCAAACUGAAAAUGUGAUGUAGCAUAAUAUUGCAACAACCUCAUUAGUCUGUCUUUGAGUAAAUGAUCUGUGUAUUUCAGUCAUAUUUUUACCUAAUAUAACAUUCCUGAGCCAUGCACGGUGUAGGAGUGUACAUGCACAUGUCUGUUAGUUUUUGCACAAAUGCAAUUAGUGCCUUUGAGCUCUUUGUAAAUACUGUACAUGCAAAAAUAAAUAAACAGUGUAG